UGGGCAGCCACUGGCACGGGAGCUCCCCCCGCCUCGCCUCCCGCGGCGGGAGGAUAAAGGCACCUGGCCCGGUGCUCCGCGCUACCGGAGCGGGGAGGCGGCGGCGGCGGACGAGCGGACGUGCGGGGGUCGAGCCGGGCCCCUCCGCGUAGCCCUCUCCAUGCGCCUGGCCGGCGGCGCCGGCUCCCCUCGGGCCGCGCCCUCGCCCGGGAACGGCAGCCAGUGGCGGGCGACAGAGCCGGGCGGCGGCGGCGGCAGCCCCAGCCCCGAGGCGUGGUCGGGGUCUCCCAACGGCAGCCUGGGCGGCUGGGACCCCUUCGGGCGGGACGAGGAGCUGGCGAAGCUGGAGAUCGCGGUGCUGGCCGUCACCUUCGCGGUGGCGGUGGUGGGGAACGGCAGCGUGCUGCUGGCCCUGCGGCGCACGCCGCGCAAGGCGUCUCGCAUGCACCUCUUCAUCCGCCACCUCAGCCUCGCCGACCUGGUGGUGGCCUUCUUCCAGGUGCUGCCCCAGCUCUGCUGGGAGGUGACACACCGCUUCCACGGCUCCGACGGACUCUGCCGCGUCGUCAAGCACCUGCAGGUCUUCGGCAUGUUCGCCUCGGCGUACAUGCUGGUGGCCAUGACCGCCGACCGCUACAUCGCCGUCUGCCAUCCGCUGAAGACGCUGCAGCAGCCCACCAAGCGCUCGUACGGGAUGAUCGCGGCGGCCUGGGCGCUCAGUCUGCUGCUCAGCACCCCGCAGUACUUCAUCUUCUCCCUCAGCGAGGUGGAGCGCGGCUCGCAGGUCUACGACUGCUGGGCGCACUUCAUCAUGCCCUGGGGGCCCCGCGCCUACAUCACCUGGAUCACCGGCGGCAUCUUCGUCGCGCCCGUCCUCAUACUCAUCACCUGCUACGGCUUCAUCUGCUACCGCAUCUGGCGCAACGUCCGGGGGAAGACGCGCCCGGGGGAGGCGGUGGCGUCGGGGGAGGAGGCGGCGGCGGUGGCAGCGGGUGGCGGGCGGCGGGCGGGUAGCGGCGGCCCGCGGCGGGGGCUGCUGCUCGCUCCCUGUGUCAGCAGCGUCAAGACCAUCUCCCGCGCCAAGAUCCGCACCGUCAAGAUGACCUUCGUUAUCGUGUCGGUGUACGUUGUCUGCUGGGCGCCCUUCUUCACCAUCCAGAUGUGGUCCGUCUGGGACCAGCGAUUCCCCUGGGUCGAUUCUGAAAACACUGCAACUACUGUUACGGCUCUGCUGGCCAGUCUGAACAGUUGCUGUAACCCAUGGAUCUACAUGUUCUUCAGUGGGCACCUCCUGCAAGACUGCAUACAGAGCUUCCCUUGCUGUCAAAAAAUAAAGCAAACGCUCAGUAAAGAAGAUUCAAACAGCAAUAGCAGGCGACAGACUUCUUUCACCAACAACAGAAGCCCAACCCACAGCCUAAACACCUGGAGGGAGAUGCCCCUCUCUAAAUCAACGAGCUUCAUUCCCAUUCCAACAUGAGACAGGCUGCGGGGCAGGAGGGCAUGACACUUUAUGCCUGUCAAAGGCACCGGUCACGGUACCAAGGAAUGACUAACAUGGCUAUAAGGCUAACAUGCUGCCUUGCUCAAUAAGCUAUCCUGCAGCAUGUAAAUUAUUUUCUGAAAGGUAUUUAGAACUUGGGCAACUGAUAAGGAAGGCACGGCAACAAUAAAGCAAUUAUUUUUUUAAAUAGAAUUUAUUUUAAUUUUUUUGUCUGUUUCUAAAAUAAUAAGUGUAUUGUUUGCUUGCUGUUUAAAGCAGUAAAAAUAGUAGAGUUGUCAUGUUUUGGGGUAACUCCACUCUGUAGUGUUAAUGCAUAAAACUUCUCAUGAUUGUCGGAUGAAGCCAAAGGGAAAGAAGACGAUAUGAGCAAGACUACAGAUUAGUAUUAAACACAAAAAGAAAGAAGGUGGGAAAAAGUCCUGGCUGUCCAAAUAAAGAACACAGACUCUGAGUUGUUGGAAUUCAGUUGCUCAUACUGCUUUAUCUUGUAAAGAUCCAGCAAUUCUCAGAUACUGAAAUUUAACAGCCCUACUAAAGACAAAUCCUUUAGUAUUGUCAAUGUAUGUGUGUGUAUGGUGGGUGAGCAUUUUUAGGGUAACAUUUCUUCUUCCCUUCAUGUUGAUGUAAGUUCUACAAUAUAUUUGUGCGUGUGUAUGUCUUGUUGCAUCUACCUUCAUUUUUUUAGACUAAUUUGAAAAAUAUAUUGAUAAAUAAGUAUGACAAGCUAUGACUAGCUCAGCAUUGUUACAAAUAAAUAUAGCAAGAAAAUGCAUAAUGAAUACCAGGACAACUUGCUUUAUGGGUAAGAAUUGCAUAUUCUCUUUUUUUCUUCAUUAAGAUCAAGCUAGGAUCAAGCCACAUUUGGUUGUCAAGCAAAUACCCCAUCAGUUCAGUAGAGUGUGGCAUUUGGUAAGAGCCAUAGAACCAGUAUAUUCCAAGACAGAAAUCUGAGAAUCAAACUUACAAGUCUUCUUAUCUUUAGUUUUAAGGAGGGAACAUAUAAAAAUUGUCAAUGUUGUUGGUUUGUCUUUUCUUUUUUUUUUUUUAAUUACCAGAUCACAACAAUAUAGCACUCAAAAUUGGCAGUAAAGAGCAAUAAAAAUUAAUUACAACACAUUUGCUAAUUACGAAGCUUUCAAGGUGUGCUUGUUUUCUCUACAAUGCAUGCCAAGUAGUCUGUAGUUCAUUCAGAUGCUAAAUAAACCUGUUAAGUCUUUCAGUGGAGUAUGUAAUUUAUCUUAAGGUUGGAUUUUGAAGCUCCUUGGAUAAGUUUUGCUGUGAUUUUAAGUCUUGAGGAUCAUUUUGAGAAGUACAACUACCUGUCUUCUCCAUUUUCCUGAGCAUUCUGGAUCCUGAAAUCCAGGUGUUCUCCUGCUGCUGGAGCAGUGGAACAUGUAGCUGGCUACAUAACAUGCAUGCAAGGAGGAACCUCAACAGCAGGUUUCUCUUUUUCCCACUAAAACGUAACAAGAUUGCUUUUCUAAUUGCUUGAGGAGAGUAAAAAUUGGGGUCACCAUGUGGCUUUCACUGAGAAUAGUCCCCAUGCCUGUCCCAAUAAUGGCAGCAGAAAUUAAUAGAGCUAGAUGCUGGAUAAGAUCAUAUUAAACCUGUUAUCCAGUCCAGAAGCUUCCAGACAUAUCAUACGGUCAAAGAAUAGGGAAUAUUAUAGCUAAAAAAAUUUUUUUAAAAAAAAUCAAUUUUGUAGUCACUAAAGAAAAUCUUGUCUCUUCUCUCUUCUUUCCUUGUUAUCAUUUUCUGUUCUUCAGGACAGAAAUUUGGUCUAAUGUUUUGUUGUUGUUCAAAACACUAGAACCCAGAGGACAGCAUGGUGGAAUAGCUUAUAUUUAACGACUAUCUUUUUGACCACCUUUAGUACACAAAUGUGACUACAGCUCUCACCAGUUCUGGACGAAGGUUUGUGAACCUAAAGUUGUAUUUAAGUCCGAAAAAUGCAUGCAGUGGUGUUGUGUGUGUAUACUUGUGCACAUUAUAUGUACUGCAUAUAUUUUGCAAGUAGGUAAUUAACAGUUAUUGAAAUCGCAAAUGUUUCAAAUUAAGUACAUUAUCCUUUGCCUAGUUUUCUCUUAGUGCUACUACUUUCUUUGUACAUGAAAUCUAUUAAAAAACAAUUAGCUGUACUAACAGAAUUUUCAUGUUUGCAUAAUUGAAUUGUUUUUCUAUUGGGCUUUAUAUUCAAACAGAAAAGAUAAUGAGAAAACAUAUGAAGAAUGAUGUUGAUAAUAAAACUGAGCUAAUGGCCAAUGUAUGUAUUAAAGCAAACAGACUCAAAAUUAUGAAUUUUAGUUUCUUCUAAAUAUGUUAUAAAAUCUAGGCUUACACUUGAGGCUUUCUGUAAUUAAAUUGACAACACAGUUUAACAGUAUUUCGUUUUCAGGCAUCUUUUGCAAAUACUGAAUUUUUCACAUAAUUGUAGCACUGGAAGAUACAGCCCAUAUUUUUCAGUUGUUCAUCUGUGGAGAUAUUUUUUAACAGCUGUUUUGAGUUAUCAUGAGGGCACACUAAUGGAAACAGAAGGAAAUAAAAAAUUGUGAAACCAUUGCAUGUUUAAAACAUGGAAACAUGCUCUAAUAAACCUAUAUAUUUGUUUGAUCA